CCGCCCCCACAGCCACACCACAUCACCCACCAUCACCAAGCUCACACGCGCACAGCCCUCAAAUUCCCCUCCCAGCCACGACCCAUCACUUCCCCGGCGAGGUUCAGCGAUCUUUCCCCAAACACAAACACACACGACCGAGCAUGCACCAGCGACACCAAGCAGGCGACACCAGGUUUGUUCUCUGACCUCUCUUCUUCCUCUUCGGGACCUUUCUUGGUUUGAUAUUAGAUCAAGCAAGCAAGGAUUCCUGGAGAAGUUCUUCUUUUGCUUUUCUUUUUCACAUGCAAAGUUCUUCUUCUUCCUCCUCUUUUUGUUCUUGCUAGGAAGAACAGAGAUCCAGAGAACCUUUUUAAUCCUCUGGAUUGCUCCUGUUCCAUCUUCUUUUUAGCCUUUCUUUUUCACCUUUCUUUGCGAGCCAGAAAGGGGCUGUUUUUACAGAGCCCCUUCAGGUUGCUCGCACCAAAUCUCUCCUCCCUGUUCUUCGCUUUUAUUGAAGAAACCAGGGGCUUAAUUAUCCCAAGAUUCUUUCCAUUUUUCUCUUUUUUUUUAUUAGUUCGGAUUCUGCACAAACAGUUUCUGUUUUUCUUUUCUGCUUUGCAAUGGCAGCCAUAGAUCUGUACAACACCCGCAACCAGUUCAGCUCCUCGUCAUCGUCAUCCUCCUCGGAUCAGGAGCUCAUGAAAGCGCUCGAACCUUUUAUCAAGAGCGCUUCUUCCCCCACCACCUCCACCUCCGCCUCCUCCCCGUUUUCCUACUACAAUUCCUCUCCGUCACUGCCCCAAGAAUCCUACUACUUCCCUGCUGCAUCAUCCUCCCCCUCUUACAGUUACACCACGCUUCAAGCUCCGUUUGCUUCCUCCGCCACCACCACCACAUCCUUCUCCCAGCUCCCGCCUCUGCCGCCCGUUUCGCAGUACAACACCUCGUCGGCGGCGACGUACCCGUCGUCGAGUGACAUGGUGGGGCUGACCAGCCUGGGCCAAGAACAGAUCCAUCAGAUCCAGGCGCAGCUCUUCUUCCAGCACCAGCAGCAGCAGAGGGGGCUGUCGCUGUCGGCGUCCCUGCUCGGCCCGCGGGCGCAGCCCAUGAAGCAGGCCGGGACGCCGUCGACGGCCGCCGGGACGCACUACCGCGGCGUGCGGCAGCGUCACUGGGGCAAGUGGGUGGCGGAGAUCCGCCUCCCCAAGAACCGGACGCGGCUGUGGCUCGGCACCUUCGACACCGCCCAGGACGCCGCGCUCGCCUACGACAAGGCGGCCUUCCGCCUCCGCGGCGACGCCGCGCGCCUCAACUUCCCUAACCUCCGCCGCGGCGGCGCGCACCUCGCCGGCCCGCUACACUCCUCCGUCGACGCCAAGCUCGACUCCAUCUGCAACAACAUCGCCGCCGCGCCGUCCAAGCCGUCGUCAACAAAAACCGCCGCCGCCCCGGACUCGCCAAAGCACUCGACAUCGACGUCGUCGACGGAGGGAGACGGGUCAGUGUUCUCCGCCGGCUCGACACCCCUCCCUCCGCCGUCGCAGCAGCCAGCCGCGCCGCCGCUCCCCGAGAUGGCCAACCUGGACUUCUCGGAGGCGCCGUGGGACGAGUCCGACGCCUUCCACCACCUCCACAAGUGCCCGUCGUGGGAGAUCGACUGGGACGCCAUCCUCUCGUGA